AUGUCUGUUGAUGAAGAAAUAUCUAUUGCUGGUCGAAAUGCAGAAUUUAGUGAUCCACGUUUGGAUAGGGUAUGUGCAUUCACAAUAACCACAAUGCGUUUAAAACAGGAUAAAUGGCAUAAAAUGAUGGUCACAGAUGAAUUUCGGCACAUUGUUUUGGAUUGGCUAAAUAAUAACCAACGUCGAAUACUAGUUAUGACACUCAGUCCAGGCGGACAUUUGAUACCGAAAAAUUCUAUGAACGACUUGUAUUUCAACUACGCCGUGCAACAUACCACCAACACAGUAGCAACAACUUCAACAGCAGCGGCAACUUCGGAAUUAGUGGAAGCGACAGCAAUUACCACAGCAGCCGUGGCAGCAGCAACAGCCUUACUCAUUCCCUUACCGCCACCUUCGAGUAGCUUCUCAACUUUGGAUGGUGUACCACGCGGCAAAUGUGCGUAUUUUGCCCGUCGUCAAUUGGGCGUACCACUGACAGUCACAAAUUUCGGUACCGAAAUUAUGUAUGGUGAUUUUCCGGUGCACAGCAAAAUUGAAACUUUAGCAAUACUCUUCGAUGAUGUAUUCCAACCAAUGCUACAAAAUCCAUUCAAUCGAAAAUUAUUACCAAAAAUUGUUUGCAAGGAUUUGGAGACGCGCAUGAAAGACGUACGCAAUACUCUGAAUGAGAUAAAAGGUAAAACCAAUAAUCGCACUAUUUUAUCCUUAUUGAUUUCACCGACAGUGAUUGAAGAAGUCACAGCAGAAGUUCAACAAGGCAAUUUAUCAACCGCAAUGGAAUUGAAAUUUCGUAACGUACUCGAAGAAAUGUUCAUCAAUUGGACAACACAAAUUCAUGAGAUAAUCUAUGAGAAGUCUGAAUGCGUUGCUGCCACACAAACAAGCAACAUUGGUGUCGCAACGAGAUUAAAUGCUGCAAGUGGCAACAACAAAAUCACAAUUGUUUCAUUGCCAACGCAUGAAAUCACAUUCUGGUCUAAUCGCAAAUUAAAUCUACAAGAUAUAUACGAACAGUUGCGUGCACCAACGCACAAGUCACUCGCCUACAUACUGGAGAGUAUUGACUCGGCUUAUUAUGCUUGCUACACAAGGAUAUUCAAGGAGCUUGUAAGUGCUUGGCACGAAGCAGAAGAUAACUCAUUGUGGCUUCAGCCAUUGUUAAGGCAGACAGCCACCUUUAAUGCAGUAAAUUUUAUCAAUGCACAAGAACUGAUAGCACCACUGGUCCAUGUAUUGCAUUUAGUUUGGAUAAACGCACGUUAUUAUCGCACGACACAGCGUAUGACUGUACUUCUACGUUCCAUAUGCAAUUUACUAGUACAUCGCGCCACUGAGGAUUUGGAGAUUUCAAUAUUAUUCCGCGCUGAUGCUGAUGAUGGUCUAAUGAAAAUAAGCAAAACUAUUGAAGUGCUAGAGUCUUUCAAAGAAAAAAUGCUGAUGUAUAAGGAAAAAUAUGCAAGCAAUCAGACGAUUCUACCCGCAUUGCCUGCAACUGCCCUAGUAGCAGCACAAAAUUUAGUAGACAGCACUUUGACUUUGCCCAUACGUAAUUAUAAGCAGCAAUUGUGGCGAUUUUCGAAUGAGGAUGUUUUUGGACAGUCACUCAAUGGUUUUCUGGCCCAGCUCGAGGACAUGCGAAAAAUUUUUGAGGCUGCAGUUACUUUUCAAAAUUUGGAAAAAUUGGAAAUUGGGGGCUUACGCGGCAAAAUACUUACAGAACGUGUAAAGCAGACUUAUAACGACUUUAAGUUACUUUUUGAGGAGUGGAAUAAUGUUGAUAUUGAUUUCACGGAACAAAAGAUGCAAAACUUGAAAAAAAACUCUUUUAAACAAAGGCAGCGCAUUUUCUUUAUACGCAUGGAAGUGCUGGAAAGAAAAUUGGCGACAAUAUUGAUAAAUGCAUUUCAAGACUGUAAUAAUUGGGAGCAAUUAAUAAAGCUAACUUUGAUGUUCGGCAACAUUCUGCAUCGACAGACAAUUCAACCUGAAUUGCAGGUUGUAUUGCCACACAUCUUGAAAGUCUUUGGAGAAGAGUUGCAGCAGAUUGAAAUGAUUGUGUGUGAAGUGCUGUUAGCAUAUGAAUAUCAGGGCUUGACAGCCAUACCAAUAAAUUGCAAUUUCCCACCCAUGGCAGGCGCAGUACUGUGGUUGGAACAGCAUUUGCUGCAUUGCGAUAUCCUUACAACACAUGACUUAAAUAAAUUCAUCAAAAAACUAGUUGUCAAUAAUGUCCUGGAACCAAGGUUUGUUCAACUCACCUCACGUUGUGACAUUUUGACAACAAAGCUUAGCAAUUUGCAAUUGAAAAUUUGGCACAAUUGGAAACAAACAAUUGACAAACGCAUUGCCAAAGGAUUGAAUGCGCCGGUGAUGUUACGCAAAAAUAUCAAACAAAACACCACAAAUGAAGGCAACCAAUUGAAUGCAGUAAAGCGUAUCGAUGAUUCGAAUGAAAAUGACAGCAUUAUAAAGGCGCUGGAAAUGAAUUUCUCACACGAACUGUUCGCAUUACUCAAGGAGGGAAAAUAUUUGCAAACAAUACACCACUCCAAAACGCACAGGGACGGAGGCAAAAUAUCGAAAACUGUUUGUGAGAACACACAUAUAACUGCUGGUAUUAGUGUUGGCUCGACAGAUACGGCAACAGACUUAGGCAUACCCGCGGAGACAACAGCUACUGGGGAAUUUGCUGAAGAACACCAAAUUACAGCAUCGCAUUUACCACAAACGUUGCUUGAUUUGUAUGCAAGGCGUGAUGAGUUCUGGUCGCGUAAAAUCAAACUAAUCAAAAUUUCAGAGUUCUACGAUGGCAUACGUGCGAGUGUGGGUUCAAGCGUUGAACUGCAACUGAUACGCACCGACAUUAAUGCAAUUGAUGAAUGCAUUGAUGCUGCAUGCAAUUCGAUGACAUGGAACUUAUACGAUCCAACAUUGGUAAAUAAAAUUUACAAGAGCACUGAAAAACUUUAUCAACGUUUGCAACAAGCACAAGCCAAUAUCAAUUCCAUACUCUCCAGCAUAAGGCACUGGAGUAACGAACCACUUCAUCAACGUAGUCUGUACGGAAGAAAUAUGCUUGAUUUGCGACAUCAACAGGAACGCUUACGAACUCGUCUUAUUCAGUGUGAAGAUACAAAAAUUCUACUCAAUCGUUUAUUGGUAGCAAAUUUUUAUUUAUAUUUCAAUUAUGACGAGGAAGAUUUUAAGGAAAAUGGUGAAGACUUAAGUGUCAAGCAGCAACUAAACUUUUACCAGUUGCCGCGUAAACUGCUCCAAACAAAACCACUUAAUACCACAAUGAGCAAUGCGGCGCUGACGAACAUUGUACCGCCGCCACUGUUUGAGGUGAAACUGGAAUUGGUAGAGACCGAAAUACGUUUUUCGCCUUCCUUUGAAGUGAGUGCAGAAAAUAAUUUUCAACAAAUUGUCGAGCAACUGCUGCAAGACAUUAACCAGACAUGCAACUGCAUACCACGAAUUGUUGGUGACAACGCGCUGACAGCUCCACCUGCUGAAGAUGAUGACAUCGAUGCUACUACUGCCGCUCCUGCCGCUACAUCAACGUUGGCUGAGUCGGGAGAGGUGGCUGCUGAGGGAAGAAUACGUGCAGACGCCGCAAAAACGAAAACCAAAAAAAUAUUUAACAUGGCAGCCGCAACAACCGCAAAAGAACUUGAGGAAUUGCAUAUGCUAAAUGCUGGCAUAAGAAAAACUUUGUCUGAAACCAUGCGAAAGGCACUUGCUUAUGCUAGCAAUUUCAAUAGGUACGCAUUUCUGUGGACACAGCAAAAGGACGAAGUACUGAAUGCAGUUUUGAAUGUGGCAUAUGAAAAUGAUAAUAUCGGAAGGGGAUAUGCAAUUUUAGAAGCUUUUAAAAAGGAAAUUGAACGUUAUAAUGACCUACAUGAAGAAAUUGACCAGUUAAGCUGUCACUGUGUGGAUGCUUGGUUGGCAAUCGAUAUAAAUCCGCUUAAGUAUGCCUUGCUUAAUCACGCCUGCAAAUGGUCGCAUUUGUUUAAGCAGCGGCUUUUGGUAUACGUGCAACAAACACUAGAGGAGCUUACAACCUUUAUCAAACAUGGCGAGAAUAUUCUGCAACUGGAAAUCACACCUGAAGAUUUCGCAUUACUGCUACGCAUACUAGACAUAAUGGCUCAGAUUAAACAGCGCAGCGCUUAUGCUGACAAUAUAUUCAAGCCACUGAAGGACAUCAUAUCACUACUCAAAACCUACAAUGUUGAGUUUGGUAUGGAACUAGUAAAGAGCAUAGAGCUUCUACCCAUGAAAUGGAAGCAACUCAAAGAGGAUGCAACUGCCAAAUUUGAGGCUUUACAGCAGGCGCGUACUUACCAGCAAACCCGCGUUGCAGCAAUGAUUUUAAUCUUUAAUUGCCAAGUGCAAGUAUAUGCGAAAAAGUUCCAACGUUUACCGUUUUUCCGCGUUCCCUGCGGUGCUAUUUAUGCACUUUGUGACAGAACCUCACAGCAGUUAUUUCACUUUGCCGCAAUCAACCGGCGGUAUAUACGCUGCGCUAAGCUGCUUGACAUUAAUUUACCGGAUGAAACCCCUUUGCAGUUGUGCGCAGCUGAGCUGAAACGCGUUAAGCAAUUGUGGGAUUUUGUAUGCGUCAUUGAAUCCUGCAUUAUUGACUGGCAUGCAACACCUUGGCAAGCCAUCGACACUGAUGAAGUCGAUGCUGAGUGUAAAAAAUUUACACGCGAUUUACGUACACUUGACAAGAGCAUCCGAGAUUGGGAGCCAUACACGUAUAUUGUGGGCGUGCUCAAGGAUUUAGUUGCUUCAUUGCGCGCAAUCACUGAACUGCAAAAUCCUGCUAUUACAGAAAGACACUGGAUGGGUCUGAUGCAGUUGACAAAGAUGACAAAACAAUAUAAAUCGGAUUAUUUGCUUUCGUUCAAAACAAAUGCUGAUACUACACUUAAAGUACUUUUUGAACUGAAAAUACAUCAACAUGAAGAAGAUAUCAAAAAUACCGUAGAUCGCGCCAUCAAAGAAAUGACAGUCAAUAAAAUACUUGAUGAAAUCAAAAAUACUUGGACACAUUUGGAAUUCGAAACCGAACCGCAUCAACAGCGUCAGCAAAUACAAUUGCUCAAAGUAUCGGAGGAGCUAAUCGAAACUUUGGAUGAUAAUCAAAUGCAAUUACAGAAUAUUGCCACUUCAAAACAUAUUGAAUACUUGCUCGAUAAAUUGAUGCACUGGCAAACGAUUUUGAGUGGCGUUGACAGUCUCAUAAGCAAUUGGUUUGAAGUGCAACGUAAGUGGCUCUAUUUGGAAAGUAUUUUCAUUGGUUCAGCCGAUAUACGUUCACAAUUGCCUAUGGAUGCAGCACGCUUCGAGGCUAUUGAUAACGAAUUCACUCAACUCUUAGCUGAGUUGGUGGAAGUAGGUGUAGUUAUGCGUGUGGUACUAGAACAUAAACAUGUACUAGAUACCUUAAAACAACUGCAGCAACGUUUGGCAAUAUGUGAAAAGGCAUUAAACGAUUACCUGGAGACGAAACGUUUGGCUUUUCCACGCUUCUAUUUUAUUUCUUCAGCUGAUCUACUGGAUAUCUUGUCUAAUGGAAAUAAACCACAAAUUAUAGAUCGACAUUUUAUCAAACUAUUUGAUUCUAUCUUACGUUUAGAAUAUGAAGAAAAUACGUCACAUGCUAUUGGCAUUCAUUCCAAAGAAAACGAUGAAUUUGUCCACUUCAUUACUUCGAGUGAUAAUACAGGACAGGCCUACAUUAUAUGUACAGGACGUGUGGAAUUAUGGUUAAAUGAAGUCAUCCAACAAAUGCGUUGCACUUUGCAUGAAUUAUUCCGGCGUGGCUUACACGCUUUUAUGGAGAAACCACGUGAACAAUGGCUUUACGAUUGGCCAGCACAGGUGGCACUAUGUUGUAGUCAAAUUUGUUGGACAACAGAUGUCAAUCGCGCUUUCGCGUGGUUGGAAGAAGGCUACGAAGCUGCCAUGAAGGACCUACACAAACGUCAAAUAAUGCAAUUGAAUGCCUUAAUCAAUCUCUUAUUGGGCGAUUUGACACCAGGCGACCGUCAAAAAAUUAUGACCAUCUGCACAAUAGAUGUACACUCACGGGAUGUUGUUGGAAAAAUAAUACAUGCUAAAGUAGAAAAUUCAUUGUGCUUUCAGUGGCAAUGUCAGUUAAGGCACCGUUGGGACGUUGCACAAAAUGUACUAGGAACAGAAAUAUCUGGAGCUGAAGACUGUUUCGCCAAUAUAUGCGACGCUGAAUUUCGGUAUGCCUAUGAAUAUCUGGGGAACACUUCACGUUUGGUAAUCACGCCGCUUACAGAUCGAUGCUACAUUACUCUGACUCAGUCUCUACAUCUGGUUAUGGGUGGCGCACCCGCUGGUCCUGCUGGAACUGGAAAGACGGAAACAACAAAAGACCUCGGACGCGCCUUAGGGGUUAUGGUAUAUGUUUUUAACUGCUCUGAACAAAUGGAUUACAAGUCAUGUGGUAAUAUUUACAAAGGGUUAGCACAAACAGGAGCUUGGGGAUGUUUUGAUGAAUUCAAUCGUAUAUCUGUGGAAGUAUUGUCCGUAGUAGCAGUGCAAGUCAAAACUAUACAAGAAGCAAUUAAGAUGCAAAAAGAAAGUUUUGAAUUUAUGGGUGAAAACAUACCACUUGUACCGUCUGUUGGUAUAUUUAUUACCAUGAAUCCUGGUUAUGCAGGUCGCACAGAACUACCAGAAAAUUUAAAAACACUAUUUCGUCCAUGCGCAAUGAUAGUGCCCGAUUUUGCUCUAAUUUGUGAGAUAAUGUUAAUGGCAGAAGGAUUUCAAGAAGCACGUCUUCUAGCACGAAAAUUCAUAACACUCUAUACGCUCUGCAAAGAGCUACUAUCAAAACAAGAUCAUUAUGAUUGGGGGCUAAGAGCUAUUAAGUCUGUAUUAGUAGUGGCAGGCACACUGAAAAGAGAUGAUCAUAGUCGUCCCGAAGAUCAAGUACUUAUGCGUGCUUUACGUGACUUUAACAUACCCAAAAUAGUAACAGAUGAUGUACCCAUUUUUAUGGGACUCAUAGGUGAUCUCUUUCCAGCACUCGAUGUGCCACGCAAACGAGUAUUUGAGUUCGAGAAGACCAUACGUCGUGCCGUAAAUGAAAUAAAACUUCAACCCGAAGAAGGUUUUCUCAUGAAAAUUGUACAGCUUCAAGAACUUCUGGAUGUACGUCACUCCGUAUUUAUUGUCGGUAAUGCGGGUACUGGUAAAACAAAAAUUUGGCAAACGCUAGUAGAGACGUAUCGCAUACAAAAGCUGAAACCAGCUUACAAUGUUCUAAAUCCAAAAGCUUUAUCAAAUGAUGAUCUCUUCGGUAUAGUAAAUCCAACAACACGCGAAUGGAAAGAUGGUUUAUUCUCAUCAAUCAUGAGAGAUCAAGCAAAUAUGCCUCCAGGCAAUCCUAAGUGGAUUGUGCUAGACGGUGAUAUUGAUCCCAUGUGGAUUGAGAGCUUGAAUACGCUAAUGGAUGAUAACAAAAUUUUAACACUAGCUAGUAAUGAACGAAUUUCCCUGAAACGUGAUAUGCGUCUACUUUUCGAAGUUGGUCAUUUAAAAGCGGCAACACCCGCAACUGUCUCACGGGCUGGCAUUUUGUAUAUCAAUCCACAAGAUCUGGGCUGGUCACCUUUUGUACUAUCUUGGUUGGAAACUCGUGCCGAUAUGGUUGAACGUAGCUUGCUUACUACAUUUUUUGAAAAAUAUUUUCCCAGUCUAAUACAGCAUCAAGGAGACUUUCGUCGUACCACUCCCAUAACAGAUAUGGCAAUGAUACAAAUGACUUGUAGUUUACUGGAAUCUCUGUUGGAAGUUCAUCAAGAUAUUUGCUUGAGUAAUGCAAAUACUAUGCCAACCAAAAAUAAUUUGCAGCACAGCAGUAAAGCUACAGACUCAUUAGAAUUAGGCCUGGAAUUGUUAUUUAUAUAUGCUACUAUGUGGGGCUUUGGUUCUGCUUUAUAUCAAGAUCAGAUAAUUGAUUGGCAUCAGGAAUUUCACAAAUGGUGGACAUUAGAAUUUAAGGAAGUAAAAUUGCCAACACAAGGCAACAUUUUUGAUUACAGUCUAGAUAUAAGUACAAAUAAAUUUCAACAUUGGAAGGAGUUAGCAAUGGAGAGUACAGGCGAUCUUACAGAUACUUUGCAACCACUGCAGAAUAUGCUUAUACCUACUGCUGAAACCGUUCGGCUUAACUACUUUUUGAAGUUGUUAAUUGAUAGGAAGCAAGCUUGCAUGUUAGUAGGUAACUCUGGUAGUGGCAAGGGAGUUAUACUAAGGGAAGUCUUCAACAAAUAUGCCGCAAAACAAGAAAUGCUGGAAAUUGCUUUAACACCCACAACAUCUGCAAAUACGCAACGAAGCAUUUCCGCCUCGACACGCCUCUUAACAGUACAAACUACUUACUUUAAUUUUUAUACAACUUCCGAAAUUUUUCAGAAAGUACUUGAUCGUCCACUUGAAAAGAAAUCGGGACGCACUUACGCGCCAGCUGGUCCAAAUCGUCGUUUAAUUUAUCAAAUUAAUGAUUUAAAUAUGCCAGAAGUUGAUGCUUACGGAACAGUACAGCCACAUACAAUCAUAAGACAAUUUAUGGAUUAUAGUCAGUGGUACGAUCGUCAGAAAUUGCAGUUGAAAGAUAUACGCCAUUGUCAGUUUGUCGCUAGCAUGAAUCCUACAGCUGGUUCCUUUACCAUAGAUCCUCGUUUACAGCGCCACUUUUGUGUUUUCUCUGUAGCAACACCAGAUGAAUCAACCUUACAAAUCAUAUAUAGCAACAUACUUAAUAGUCACUUGGAAAACCCACUUAAUGGUUUUACUAAAGAAAUUAAAUCCAUUGCUAAUUUAUUGGUUCAAGUAGGAAUUGCCUUGCAUCGUCGUGUCGAAUAUGCAUUCCUACCCACUGCUAUAAAAUUUCACUACAUGUUUAAUCUACGUGAAUUGACAAAUAUCUAUCAAGGAUUAAUGAAUAGCAUGGGAGCUCCUGCACAGAUUGGUACGGUCACUUCUGUAACUAAUGGUGCCAUUUGUACAAAGCCUUCCGAACUAAUACGUUUAUAUGUACACGAAGCAUUUCGAGUUUAUCAUGAUCGUUUAGUAGAUCCCUAUGAUAUUAAGUACUUCAAGUCCUGCAUACGUGAUAUAUUCAAAAAAGAUUUCGAAGAUUUCGAUGAAGACUUUGUUUUUGCCGAACCACUGAUUUAUAGUCAUUUUGCACAGUCUUUAGUGGAUCAGAAAUAUUCUUCAAUCAAGAGUUGGGAUAGUUUAUAUCAGCUACUAAUUGAAGCACAAGCCAGCUACAAUGAUGUGGUGGGCUAUAUGAAUUUGGUCAUGUUUGAGGAUGCAAUGAUACAUGUGUGUCGCAUUAAUCGCAUCCUAGAAAGCCCACGCGGCAAUGCCUUACUCAUUGGUGUUGGUGGCUCUGGAAAACAAACAUUAGCACGAUUAGCUUCUUUUAUAUCUUCCUUAAGUGUAACGCAAAUACAAAUCAAGCGUGGUUUUUGUCUACAGGACAUGAAGGACGAAAUUGCUGCAUUGUACAUGAAAAUUGGACUUAAAAGUGUUGCUUCUGUAUUUCUCAUGUCAGAUGCACAAAUACCCGAUGAAUCCAUACUAACGUUAAUUAAUGACUUAUUAGCAUCUGGUGAAAUACCUGAACUGUUUUCGGAAGACCAAUUUGAAUCCAUUAUCAAUGGUAUACGUAAUGAGGUAAAACAAAGUGGCGCACUUGAUACAAAGGAUAACUGUUGGCGUUUCUUUGUGGAUAAAGUGCGACGUUUAUUGAAAAUCGUUUUGUGCUUCUCGCCUGUUGGACAAACGUUACGCAUAAGAGCACGUAAAUUUCCAGCGAUUAUAAGUCGCACUUCGAUUGAUUGGUUUCAUGAGUGGCCGAAAUCAGCCCUAGAAUCGGUGUCACAAAAGUUUCUCAAUGAAAUCGAUAAUAUUUUAUCGACUGAACUCAUUCAACCCAUUGGAUAUUUUAUGGCUUACGUACAUGGCACAGUAAAUGAAAUAUCGAAAAUUUAUCUACAAAAUGAAAAACGUUACAAUUACACGACCCCAAAAACAUUUCUCGAAUACAUUUUCCUCUAUCGCAAACUUUUGGUAGAUAAAAAUGGAGAAUAUACGCGCCGCAUCGAGCGCUUACAAAGCGGUAUGGCUAAAUUGGCCGAAUGUGCACGUCAGGUAGAUAUGUUAAAGGAUCAACUUGCCAUACAGGAAGUACAAUUAAACGCUAAAAAUGCAGCAGCUGAUAAGCUCAUAGUCAUUGUGAGUGCGGAAAGUGAGAAGGUGAAACGCGAGAAGUUUAUAGCUUCAGAGGAAGAAGCACGCGUACGUAUUAUUGAGGAAGAUGUAUCCAUCAAGACCAAAAUGUGUGAAGAGGACUUACGUAAAGCAGAGCCUGCCCUUGUAGCAGCUCAAGCCGCACUGAACACACUCAACAAAAAUAAUUUGACGGAAUUGAAGUCAUUUGGCUCACCACCCAAAGCGGUUGUUAAUGUUUGUGCUGCAGUUAUGGUCUUGUUGGCGGUGAAUGGGAAAAUACCACGCGAUCGUAGCUGGAAGGCAGCUAAACUGACGAUGGUACGUGUGGAUCAGUUUUUAAAUGACUUGGUCAAUUACAACAAGGACAAUAUUCAUCCUAAUAUUAUUGAAGAGCUACAGGAGUAUUUAAAGGAUCCUGAAUUUAACCCGGAUAAUAUUGUGCAAAAAUCUGUGGCAGCUGCUGGUCUCUGUGCUUGGGUUAUCAAUAUACAUCGGUAUCACCAAGUUUUCCUAAUAGUAGGCCCUAAACAAAAAGCAUUACAGGACUCACAGGAAGAAUUAUUAGAAGCACGUGAACGCUUAAAAUUUUUAAAGGAUAAAAUAAACGAAUUUGAAGCUAAAUUAUCCGAAAUCCAAGCAGAAUUCGAGGAGGCGGUUACAGCUAAACAAAAAUGCCAACGAGAAGCUGAUAAAACAGCGUUUACCAUUGAUUUAGCUCAUCGCUUGAUUAAUGGCUUGGCUAAUGAGAACAUCAGAUGGAAGGAAUCAGUUCAAAGUUUACAAGCCAAAAUUGGUACAAUACCAGGAGAUAUCCUGUUAAUUUCCUCCUUCUUGUCGUAUGUUGGUUGCUUCACAAGACGUUAUCGCGAGGAGCUACAACACAAAAUGUGGAUGCCGAGUUUCUGUAAAAUUCAGCCAGCGAUUCCUUACACGGAUGGUGUGGACUCGUUAACAUUACUAUCAGAUGAUGCACAAAUUGCAACGUGGAAUAAUGAAGGGUUGCCAAUGGAUCGCAUGUCAACUGAAAACGCAACAAUACUAGCACAUUCUACACGUUGGCCGCUCAUGAUCGAUCCACAAUUACAGGGUGUGAAAUGGAUCAAGAAUCGUUUUGGCGAUGCUCUGGUGGUAACCCGUCUUACGCAGAAAGGUUUUCUUGAUACCUUAGAAAAAGCUAUGCAAAAAGGUAAUACUGUUCUAAUAGAACAAAUAGAAGAAACAAUAGAUACCGUUCUUGAGCCACUAUUAAGUCGCGCUUUGAUUAAAAAGGGUCGCUAUAUACGUAUUGGAGGCAAAGAAAUGGAUUUCAAUCCAGAGUUUCGUUUAAUACUACACACAAAACUGGCUAAUCCACACUACAAACCAGAAAUUCAAGCACAAACCACACUUAUUAAUUUCACAGUAACACCAGAUGGUUUAGAGGAGCAAUUACUGGCUGAAGUUGUAAAAAUUGAACGUCCUGAUUUGGAACAGAUGAAAAUUGACGUAACCAUACAGCAAAAUAAAUUUAAAAUUUCCUUAAAGUCUUUAGAAGAUGAUUUACUUGCACGCUUGGCUUCUGCCAAAGAAAAUGUAUUAGAAGAUCACACCUUGGUCAUUAAUUUAGAGGCCACGAAGAGCACAGUUAAUGAUAUUGAAUUGAAAGUGAACGAGGCACGCGUAACCACCUUACAAAUUGAUGAUACAAGAAAUAUUUAUCGUGCAGCCGCGAAACGUGCCGCCAUUUUGUAUUUCGUCCUAACUGACUUAAGCCGUAUUAAUCCCAUCUAUAAAUUUUCUCUUAAAUCCUUCAUGAAUGUCUUUAGACAUGCCAUUACAGUAGCAGAACAGUGCAAAAGUUAUGAGCGACGUGUAACAUACCUCGUUAACUCGAUAACAAUGCAAACCUUCCUAUACACACUUCGUGGUCUCUUCGAGGCUGAUAAGUUAACGUUCACAUCACACAUGAUUCUUCGCAUAAUGAUUGCAGCUGAACAAAUUUCAAAAGAAGAAUUUGACUUCUUAUUGCGUUUUUCGCAUAAUCCGAACUCCAUUUCAACUAUAGAUUUUAUAAGCCGUAACGCUUGGGGUGGUAUUAAAACUUUAGCGCUGAUGGAGCAUUUUUAUGGCAUUGACAAGGAUAUUGAAAACUAUCCAAAACGUUGGCGCAAAUUUGUUUCAAGUGACUCACCAGAAAAAGAACAAUAUCCUGGAGAAUGGAAACAUCGCACACCAUUACAAAAGCUUUGCAUACUGAGAGCAUUGAGGCCAGAUCGCAUGACCUAUGCAAUGAGACUUUUUAUUGAGCAAACUAUGGGUCGCAGCUAUGCCGAAGUUCCCUCCUUCAGUUUUUCAGAUGUACUCAAAGAAACAACAGCAGCAACACCUAUAUUUUUUAUACUUUCACCGGGCGUUGAUCCAAUACGUGAUGUAGAACGUCUCGGCUCACAACUAGGAUUCAGUGCUGAUACAGGAACAUUAGUUAAUAUAUCACUUGGUCAAGGUCAGGAAAUUAUUGCGGAGAGAGCUAUUUCUAAUGCACUCAGCAACGGCAAUCAAUGGGUUGUCCUGCAGAAUAUACACCUUGUUGUCAAUUGGUUACCGAUUUUAGAAAAACAAAUCGAAUGCAUAGCUACAGAAUCGGAGAUAAAUAAUUCUUUAAAUUUUCGCUUAUUCAUAAGUGCAGAGCCAGCACCUGAUCCUCAGUAUCACAUAAUACCGCAAGGAAUACUUGAAUCUUCAUUAAAAAUCGUUAAUGAGCCUCCAUCUGGAAUGGCAGCAAAUUUGCACAAAGCAUGGAAUAAUUUUUCACAGGAAACCUUAGAGACCUGCACACAAGAGGCUGAAUUUAAAUCAAUACUAUUUGCACUUUGUUAUUUUCAUGCUGUGACCGGAGAACGUCGGAAAUUUGGUCCACAAGGAUGGAAUAAAGUGUAUCCUUUCAAUGUGGGAGAUUUAAGUAUAUCCGCUAAUGUUUUGCAUAACUAUUUGGAAGGCAGCAAUCGCAUACCAUGGGAAGAUCUGCGUUAUCUCUUUGGUGAAAUUAUGUAUGGCGGUCAUAUAACCGAUGACUGGGAUCGACGUUUAUGUCAAACCUAUUUAGAAGAAUUACUGCAACAGGAACUAGUCGACGGUGAUUUUGAGUUGUGCCCAGGUUUUCCUGCACCACCAAAUUUAGACUUUCACGGUUAUCAUAACUACAUAACAGAAGUGCUGCCCACAGAAUCACCAGUAUUAUAUGGUUUACACCCAAAUGCGGAAAUCGGAUUUUUGACAACUGCUUCCGAAGAGUUGUUGAAGACAAUUUUCGAACUACAGCCACGGGAAUCUGAACUGACCACGCAUUGCGGUGCACCACGAGAAGAGUUGGUUAAAAUUAUGAUCGAUGAUUUUCUCGAUAAAUUGCAAGAUGAGUUCAAUCUUCAAGGCUUGCUAAAUCGCGUAGAACGUAAAACACCAUUCGUAGUAGUAGCAUUGCAGGAAUGCGAACGCAUGAAUACGCUUAUACACGAGAUAAAACGUUCAGUACGAGAACUUCUUUUGGGUCUGAAAGGUGAACUAACCAUAACCGAAGAAAUGGAAAGUCUGGACAAUGCUAUAUUUUAUGACCGCGUACCUGAAGCCUGGGCACGUCUAGCUUAUCCGAGUUUACUAGGUUUGCAAGGUUGGUUUGGAGACUUGCAGCACCGUAUAAAAGAACUUUCCGGUUGGUUGAAUGAUUUCAAACUGCCUUGCACAAUCUGGUUGGGUGGCUUGUUUAAUCCGCAAAGUUUUCUCACAGCAAUUAUGCAAGAAAGCGCUCGUAAGCACGAUUUGCCGCUGGAUCGAAUGUGCUUACACUGUGAUGUUACCAAGAAACAAAAGGACGAUGUGACUUUACCGCCAAUGGAAGGUGCAUUCGUGCAUGCCUUGUACUUGGAUGGCGCAAACUGGGAUUGUCAACUCAAUUCUAUUGUUCCGCUGCAUUCAAAGGAGCUAUUCUGUUCGAUGCCUGUUAUUUAUAUAAAAUCAAUUGUGCAAGAAAAACAGGAACUUCAGCACAUUUACGAGUGUCCUUUGUACAAGACAAGAUCACGAGGCAAUACGUAUGUUUGGACGUUUAAUUUGAAAACAAAGGAAAAGGCUUCAAAAUGGAUUCUGGGUGGAGUGGCACUUCUCUUACAGAGAUAAAAUAUUUAUUAAUUUAGAAAGAUAAUACAUCAUUGUUAUUAGAACUUUAACUCGUUAUGAAACUAGAAAACCAA